UCUGACAACAACACAAGCCAGCCGGUGCCUUUAGCUUAGCUCUCCUGCUGACAUUCAGCGGUGAUCGCUCUUUUCCUUUCACGUUCUCCGAACUCUUUUCUUUUUGUUUCGUUUUGGACACUUUCGGCCAUCCCUCCGGUCGCCAUGCACACUCCCGUGCGCGUCCUGCUCCUUUUGUGGGUCGCGACGGCGGCCCCGAGUCAUCAGUUCACUGAGGAGGACAUGCAUGACGUCAGACAGCGAAUCAAAGGCAUGUUUUACCACGCCUACAACAGCUACCUGGACAACGCCUUCCCCUAUGACGAGCUCCGCCCCCUCACCUGUGAUGGCCAGGACACUUGGGGCAGUUUCUCACUGACGCUCAUCGACGCGCUCGACACCCUGCUGGUGCUGGGAAACCAAACAGAGUUCCAGCGUGUGGCGUUGCUGCUCCAAGACACUGUCAACUUCGACACCGAUGUCAACGCAUCCGUCUUUGAGACCAACAUCCGGGUGGUGGGGGGUCUGCUGUCGGCCCACCUGCUGUCAGGCAAGGCCGGCAUGCAGCUGGAGCCCGGCUGGCCGUGUUCUGGUCCACUUCUGAGGAUGGCCGAGGACGCCGCCAGGAAGCUGCUCCCUGCGUUCCAGACUCCCACCGGAAUGCCAUACGGCACAGUCAACCUCCUGCGGGGCGUCAGUCCCACCGAGACGCCCGUUACCUGCACCGCCGGCGUUGGAACCUUCAUCCUGGAAUUCGCCACGCUCAGCCGUCUCACCGGAGAUGCCACGUUUGAGGAUGCAGCUCGCCAGGCCCUGAGAAUGCUUUGGAAGACCAGAUCGGACAUCGGACUCGUUGGUAACCACAUCGACAUAGUGACCAGGAAGUGGGUGGCGCAGGACGCCGGCAUCGGCGCCGGUGUGGACUCCUACUUUGAGUAUCUGGUGAAAGGCGCCAUCUUGCUGCAGGACGAGGAGCUGCUGCACAUGUUUCAGGCGUACGACCGCGCCAUUCAGAACUACACGCGCUUUGACGACUGGUACCUGUGGGUCCAUAUGCACAAAGGAACCGUCUCCAUGCCCGUCUUCCAGUCUCUGGAGGCCUUCUGGCCCGGUCUACAGUCUCUGCUGGGGAACCUGCACGGAGCAGUUAGAACCUUCCAGAACUACUAUUCGGUGUGGAGGCAGUUUGGAGGUCUCCCUGAGUUCUACAGCAUCCCUCAGGGUCACACCGUGGACAAGAGGGAGGGUUACCCACUCAGACCAGAGCUGAUCGAGAGCGCCAUGUACCUGUUCAGGGCCACGGGUGACCACACCUACCUGCAAUUUGGCCUAGAUGCCCUGGAGUCCAUCGAGAGGAUCGCCAAGACGCCCUGUGGCUAUGCCAGCGUGAAAGACAUGCGAGACCACCAGCUGGACAACAGAAUGGAGUCCUUCUUCCUGGCCGAGACCAUCAAGUACCUGUAUCUGCUCUUUGACCCUGACCACUUCCUGCACGGCGGCGGGGCCGAGUCGUGGGAGGAGGGCGGCGAGGACGGCCGGUGCAUCCUGAGCGCGGGGGGCUACAUUUUCAACACGGAGGCCCACCCGCUGGACCCGGCGGCACUCCACUGCUGCAGCCGUCACGCCCUCGAGCACCAGGAGCUGCGUGACAUUCUGCUCGGCGACCGGUUGGGUCCGCCCACCUUGCACGCAGAAGACCCCCUCCCCGGCCAAUCAGAGAGCAUUGCCUUGAAGCCCGGCCAGAGGAAGACGCUGCCCCUGCUGUCCUGUCCUGUUCAGCCUUUUAGCACUCGGCUCGCCAUCCUAGGACAGGUUUUCACAGACAAUACCUGACCUCACACGUCACGUGACACCUUAAAUGCUUAUUUUGGCUCUGGAAGCCAUCUUGGUUUGGUCUUACGACCCAUGACCUGUGUUUCUCCGUGUAAAUUGAGAGCAAAGUCUAUUUUUAUUUAUUAUAACGUGGUCCUCACUGUCUUAACACAACACACACGUCUUUAUGAUAGUGUCCACGAGGGGGCAGCACACUUAGGCAAAGUCGGCAUGUUGGACAUGACUUCUUACAUCAACUUCUGGACCAGCAGAAAUCCCCUCAAUCAGGGCGGGUCCCUCAGUGGUGUCCUCCUCACAUGUCCUAAUCUAAUGUGUCCUCAUUUCAUGUCUUCUUAACAACUUUUAUCAUUUUCCUCAUUACAUUUCCUUCAUCUUGUCUCCUCUCCUUCCUCCAUACCCUCACAGGGACCCCUUUCCAGUCUGCCCCCCCUUCUCUCAGGGUGUGGUUCUGGACUCGUCUCUCCGCAUGACUCCAUCAUGACAAAGUGCUGUGAGGCUCUGCUCGGACACAGGCUUUAAACGUCCACUCUUGUUUGUGGUGACCUUGUCAGAUGUUAAUGAUGGAACCACACACAAACAUAACCACAUCUACGUAGAACCCAUAGAACCACACUCAGGACCAUCAACACCAGUGCAACUACAACGAUACUACAAAUGAAGAACUACUCGUUUUGAUGACUCGAGACAAGACACCUUCAGAACCACACGGGAUGAAUGACAAUAAAACCGCCAAGCAAACUAGUAGAACCACAGCAGCGCUGAUGAAACAACGAGAACCACAUGCAAUUAGAACCGUCAACACCAGGGAAACCAAUGAAAACGUAAUAUUUAUUAAUAUUUAUACAAAGUUAUAAUCAGUGGAACCAAUAAAACCAUAGCAACUAUACGAAGGUAGACCUAAAUAAACUAGUUAAACAAACAUAGAACCGACUAAACCCGUAGCGUCAAUGAAACCAUAACAACUGUACAGGAGCACAACCGAAUGAACCUGGGGACCCGAUGAAACCACAGCAAUGAGUGGAACCAACAAAACCAUA